UACUCUUGAAAGUGAAAGUGUGUCGACAAUUGUUAAGGAAAGGAAAAAUGUGGAGGGUAGUGGUCGCACGAUCGGACGAGAAUAGCACGUUGCUGUCGUCGGAGAUUGGCUCCGGCCCGGUCGCUCCGAAUCACAUUUCUACCCUCUCUGGGCCACCGUCCGGCCAUCACCAUCAUCACUGGGGCUAUCCACCGCCGCCCCAUCCAUCUUAUCAGCCGCAACAUUCCGACGUAUCGUCACGGCAUCAUCACGAUCCCCGCCCGCCUCACGACCUUAGGCACCCGGCCACCGCCGAUCUCAGGCCUCAAGAGAUCAGGCACGAGAUGCACAGGCCUGACCUAAGACAUCAGUCGGCGGCGGAGAUGCAGCGGCAUCAACCGUCCGAGUUGCACAGGCCGGAAAUGGCGAGGCAUCAUCAGGAUUUGAUGAGGCCGGACAUGGCCACGGAAAUUAGAUCUAGUCACGAGUUCCCGGAUCUCAAGAUGGACGUCGCGGAUAUUAGGAAUCAGGAGAGCGGGCAACAGCAGCAACAAGCGUCGCAACAGGGUCAAGCUCAUCAACAGAGAAGUCUGAAAAGAACUAUGAGCGAUUCCGAUUGCGACGACGUGUUCUCCGAGGAGAGCGGCAAAGAGCCUUGUAAUUCACCGGGAGGCGAUUCCUGCCAGCACGCGUCGCGAAAGCGAAGAAGAGGAAUGAUCGAGAAGAAACGUCGCGAUAGAAUAAACGCGUCUCUCGGUGAGCUUCGUAGAUUAGUACCGGCAGCGGCCAGGGAUCCUCAUAGCGGGAAAUUGGAGAAAGCAGAGAUUUUGCAGCUUACCGUCGAACAUUUGCGAACGCUUCGAAACAAAGGGCCGGAGGGGUACGACAGCACGAAAUUGGCGAUGGAUUAUCACGCGGUCGGUUGGGGGGAAUGCGCAGCCGAGGUUGGCCGCUACCUGGUCACCAUGGAGGGCCUCGACGAGAGAGAUCCACUGAGGCUACGAUUGCUCUCCCACCUGCAGAGCUUUCACCGUGAGCAUCAUCCACCGUCGGCGACGGUCCCUCCGCCGGUGACCAGCUUGAGCUCGACCUCGACCAGCACCAACUACGAGACGGGGAGCACGGUUUCCGCUGGGAUGCCAGCUGGAACAGGGGCGAUGCCACCGCUUCUGGGUGGAAGCGCUCUCGGAUGGGGCCAGUAUCCGGGCCAAUAUCCUCAACAGCAACACGGAAAACCUUACAGACCGUGGGGCGCCGAAUUGGCCUAUUAACUUUCAUGACUUUUCUCCAUAUUUCUUUUCUCAAUUCGCGAAAAUUUUCAUUAUCCGUAAGCUUCUUUAGUUUCUCGACGAUUCAAUGUUAAACUUUCAACGAAACCAAUUACUCGUAUUGUCGAGGGAUAAAUAUUCUCUACUAUUUUCCAACUCGACGAGAAUAUUUCGAAGAUUUUAUUACGAUAUAUGAUAGAAGAGCGAGUAGUGAAUUUAAAAAUUAUUUAUUAUUCGACUUGUCGAAUUUUUCGAACGAACGAAUUAUUUUGUACAGUGUGUAUAUAUAUAUAUGAUUAUAUUAUUGUAAAUAAUAGAAAGUGAUCGAGCUCGUACUUUCUCCAUAUUUCUAUUUUUUGUAUCCUUUUCUUUUUGUAUCGUCGUAACGAAUCGCAAUUUGAUCGUUUAAUAAAAAUCGAUUCGAAAAAGUGCCAUUAAACGUAUCAUUGCGUACGUUUUAUAUAUAUAUAUAUGUGUGUGUGUGUGUGUGUGUGAAAAAAAAGCGCUCAGAUAUUUUUGCAAUAAGAUUUUGUAAUAAAAUAGAGAUUACGAGAAACGAAACAAUCAUAUUCAUUGCAUCCAAUCUCUUCUCUCUUUACAGCAUUUCUUAACGAAAUCGAUCGUUUCUUAUUCGAUACUUUGAAUAAAUUAAUCAAUACAAUUAAUAAUAAGUAUCAAUGUUUUCACGCUCGUACUAUUUUUAUUCUCAUUUAUUUAUCUAUCCUCCGCUUUUUCCUCCAUAAUGUCCGUAAUGAGAAAUUUUGCCGACCAUUCUUAUGCAAACGUUUAGUUUUGCAGCUUGCAGAGAAUGAGAAUGAGAAACAAAAUACGCAUCCCAGCGUUAUUCCUCGAACCAGUUUUGCGACCAGUUAAACCUUUCGUUAGAGAAUACAUUGGCAAAAUGGGAAAUUCGCGGGGCUUUUAACGAUCGAUGGGAACAAUUAGCCGUUGCUGGUUUUUACAAAUAUUUUAAAAAGCUACCUAGGGAACCUAAUUAUCGUUAGGGAAAAGGAAGAAUGGUGCGUGGGCACGUGGCCAUUGUUCGAAUACCGAGUUCACCUCUUCCAACCC